GAAAUACCCGUGAUUAACAAUCACCCCCAUACACUCACAGAGAGCGAUAUUCUUCAUUUGGUCUGCAUUCAGCAGACAAUACCGCAUCGACCACUGGCAAUUCCCUAACGCCGUCUUAUUUGGACUGCUAUCGAUUAUUGGACUGAACAAUUUAUGAUUUCUUCUUUAUCGAUUUAUUUUCUGGGGGGUUUGGUGGGGCUUCUUUGCCUUUUUUCACCUCCCGUGCGCGCGAUUUCGCUUCACCACGGCGCGGAGUGGCGCCAUCUCGACUGUUCGGCCUGUUUGACGGUGGCGAUGGUGUUGGAGGAGAGGAUGGCGAACUCCCUGAAGUUCGGCCCGACUUCUUAUCUUCUCCAUCAUCGCAUCGCGGAGAAUUCCACCAUUCAUCGACCACGACGGGACUUUCGCACGAGCGAGGCCCGCGCGUUUGAGGUGUUAGAGGUCCUUUGUAGGGAGAAAUUCUACUAUCCCUACCCUCUACGGCUGAACCCGAAGACAAAGGUUCGUGGGUAUCACCUCCGCUCUUAUGGGGAUCUGCGCCGCUCAAACUACAGCGAAUUAAGGGAAAAGGACCGGUUUCCUCCCGGGAUGGAUCUCAGGCAGCUGAAUUUGGUGGAUCAGGUGAUUUAUCUUAGUUUGGCGCAGCUUUACACCACGCGUGAGGUCCGCGAGCUGAGCGCUAUCACUUUGAACGCGCCGGAGCAGUUUUGCGUGCGGCUCAUGGAGGACCAUGAGGAGGCGCUCGAGGAGAUUGUGCGGUAUGCGGACGGCUUAACCGAGCUGGAAGCGCUGCUAUGCGGGUUGAAAUGGCGGGAACGGAAGGACUUGGCUUCGACUUCAAGAGGGGUUUUGAGGAGGUUUCGCGAGCCGCUAACGAGGGUCUGCGAGGAUGUCGCCGCUUUGCGCUCCGCCGCGGCGCUCGAUCAGCGGUGUUGGGAGGCCUGGGAUCGCCACACUCGACACCGCACGCAGACGGCCCCAAAGGAGGGGAAGGAGGCGUUCAAUCAAACUUCCAACGCUACGAUAUCGAGCGAUUUAAAUAAUGUAAAUGAGGGACUUAAUGACGAUAAUGCCCUUCAAAAGGCAGAGGCGGAGAGCGUGAUGUCUCAUGUAUAUGAUGAGGAUAAAGAUCUUUAA